AUGGCUAAGGUAACCAGGAAGCCACGGCAGCCAAGAAGAGUUGCAGUGCGGUUUGCUUCAAGGAUGAAAGGAAGCACGAAGACCCUUUGGCAACGGAGAUACAGAGGCAGUGUGAAGGCACGAAACAUGACCACGAGGGUCAGAAGACCUCUAAAAGGAACCUUGAGAAAGAAAAUCCGAUCGUACGCCACUCCGUCGAAGAAGGUGAAGAAACCAAGAGAACCAAACUCUUUUCUCCAUUCCUGUGCAUGUGAGAAACUGAACCAAAGCCGAAAAGGGUACCAAAAUAUGAGUCAGAGUCAAAGGAGGAGGCAGAAUCAAAAGAGAAGAUAA